GUUAUAUUUAUGAUGCAGCUCAAGAUUGGUCCGGCGCUCCACAUUACAAAGCCCUGAGGUCUGAGUUGUGGCCUGUAGGCGGCGACACGGAGUCCCAUUUCUGUAAAAACAACAUCUCACCUUCUUUCUUUAGUCCAAGUGCUGGAGCACGUUUGAGUGACCAUGGAGUGCGUUUGCUGUCAUGUAGUUCAGCGUUAAUACGGCGUGAAUAGUAGAGGAGAGGGACUUUCGUGUGGAUACGAGGAGCCACAGUCGAGCCAUGGCUGCACGGGAGGAAGGAGAGGUUUUGCACAGUAAAAUAAGGCACCACGACGGAGCUGGAAGUGUAAACAGCUCAGAGGGCUUCAGGAACGGCUAUGUGAAGAGCUGCGUCACCCCCCUUAAACAGGACCAUCAGAGGGGUUUUUUGUUUAACUUGUGCAGGUUUUGCAACGAAGACAUUCUCAAUUCCAAAUUGCUAAAGGUCUCUGCCCUCUACGUCGGCGCGUUUGUAAUUUUCGCGGUUUCUUUUCUCAUUUCUAGGAGCUUGCAAAGUGACUCGCUUUGGGAUUUGCGGACUUUUUUGUGGGGCUUCUCCCAGUCCAUCAGUCCUUUAUUCAGCAUAGGAUGUGCUUUCUUCUUUUUGACGUUUUACCUGAGGAGGAAAAAGAAGGAGAGCAGCAAAUGUUGGCUCGUGUCACUGCCAGCGUCGUGUUACCUCGGGGAUUUUCUGGUUUUGCGGUUUUUGCAAUGGGGAGAGGACCAACACCAGAUGCAAAUGGUGGGCAGGUUGUUAUUCGUGUUGGGAUGUGUGGGUCUGCUCACACUGAUCCCCACUCUCAAACUCAAACACAGUGUUCUUAUACUGGUUUUUGCCAGCGUUGUGUGGCUUGUUUCUUUCACAAGUUUGAGUGGUCUCCCCGCGCUGCUCAGACCGCUCUUCGCCUGCUUUGCGGGGGUUUCUGGCUGCCUGUUGGGGCUCUGUUUUGACCGUUACUACCCGUCGAAAGAAGCACCGAGUGGGAUUUCCAGCGCCGAGGAAAAGGUCCCUGUGAUCAGACCUAGGAGAAGGUCCAGCUGUGUUUCACUGGGGGAAACGUCGACCAGCUAUUAUGGCAGUUGUAAAAUGCCUCGCAGACCCUCGUUGCCCUGUAUAUCCAGAGAACAGAUGAUCUUGUGGGACUGGGAUCUGAAACACUGGUACAAACCACAGUAUCAGGGUGCAGUGAGCGGCAACGGCGUGGAUCUUUCAGUCAUCAACGAGGCCAGGAACUUGGUGUCAGACCUGCUGAUGGACUCGUCUCUGUCGCCACACACCAUCUCAGCUCUGCGCAGCAUCUCCAGCCUCAUGGGGACGUUCUCGGGCUCGUGCCGCCCCAGGGUUAACCCCUUUACCCCCUUCCCAGGUUUCUACCCCUGCGAUGAGGUGGAGGACUCUGUAGAGAGGAGUGACAGGAAAACCAUUAAGGGUUUGAGCAGCAGAAACAGCCUCCCCACCCCUCAGCCCAGGCGGAGUUCCACCUCCUCCACGUCCUCCGCACUCUCCCCUCUUGACUCCACCUCUUCACGCUGGGAGCGCAACAAUGGCAAGAGACCCCACGCUGACCUCAACUUGACCAGUUCAGGUCUGUCCAAUGGGCCCAGUGCAAACCUGCUCACCAUUCCCAAGCAGAGGUCUUCCUCUGUUACCCUCACAUACCAUGCAGGGCCCAGGAGAGCAGGCACGUCUCCUAGCCUGAGCCCAGUCACCUCACCAAGCCACAGUCCCCCCGCAGUAGGUACGGCUUCUUCAUCGUCACUUGUCACUCGAUCUCCUGUGGAGUUCCCCGACACGGCUGACUUCCUGACAAAGCCGAGUGUCAACCUGAACCUGCACAAGCCCUUGGGCUACACCCUCAGCUCCCCCGAUUUUCAGCAAGCUUUCCGUAGCCCCUCCUUCUCUCUCUGCACCAGCUGUGGUCGUCAGAUGCUCAAGGGAGUUUCCAGCAGUGAUACAGGGGAAUCUCAUCAACCAUUUACCAGUGAGGCUCAACGCAGGCGUUCAGGAGGUGAAGGGCUGGAUUUCACAGGUGAGCCUCUGAUCAGGGAGGAGAGCGUGACGGAGGAGUUGUCUGGAGACGGGAGGCCAGACGUUGCAGGGAACCAGGGCCAGGCAGAGGAGGAGAAGGAGAAGAGCCCGAGCGGCACAGACAAGCAGACUCAGGAAUCAGAGCUUGUGCAUGUCCGUCUCCAGGGUGAGCAGGAGUUCAGACUAGAUCCCAUGCUGGAGGAACAUGAGGCGCUCAUGGAGAGGAUGAACACUUGGAACUUCCAGAUCUUUGACCUGGUGGACAGAACAGGAGGGGAGACCGGAAGGAUACUCAGCUAUGUGACAUACACUCUCUUCCAGGAUACGUGUCUGUUUGAAAUUUUCAAGAUCCCGGUGAGGGAGUUCAUGACAUACUUCUGUGCUCUGGAAAAUGGCUACAGGGACAUUCCCUAUCAUAACCGGGUCCAUGCUACUGAUGUGCUCCAUGCUGUCUGGUACCUGACCACUCGACCAAUCCCUGGGUUCCAGCAGAUCCACAGUGAGCAUGUGACAGGAAGUGACACAGAUUCAGAUAGUGGGAUCUCUCCAGGCAGGAUAUCCUACGCCUCCUCAAAGAGCUCCUCGAUUUCAGAUGACAGCUAUGGCUGCCUGGCCUGGAACAUACCUGCCCUGGAGCUCAUGGCUCUUUAUGUAGCAGCUGCAAUGCACGACUAUGACCAUCCUGGUCGCACAAAUGCCUUUCUAGUAGCCACUAAUGCACCUCAGGCAGUGCUGUACAAUGACCGCUCAGUGCUGGAGAACCACCACGCUGCGUCUGCCUGGAGCCUCUACCUGUCCCGGCCCGAGUUCAACUUCUUGGUCAACCUGGAUCACGUGGAGUUCAAGCGUUUUCGCUUCCUUGUCAUUGAGGCUAUACUGGCUACUGACCUCAAGAAGCACUUUGACUUCCUGGCUGAGUUCAAUACCAAGGUGAACGAUGUGAACAGUCCAGGAAUUGAUUGGACCAAUGAGAAUGACAGACUGCUGGUGUGCCAAGUGUGUAUCAAGCUGGCAGAUAUCAAUGGACCGGCCAAAGUCCGUGACCUGCACCUCAAAUGGACAGAGGGCAUCGUCAAUGAGUUUUAUGAGCAGGGAGAUGAAGAGGCUAGGUUGGGAUUACCCAUCAGCCCCUUCAUGGACCGCUCCUCUCCACAGCUGGCCAAGCUACAGGAGUCCUUCAUCACCCACAUCGUAGGACCGCUUUGUAAUUCCUACGAUGCUGCUGGCCUACUCCCUGGCCACUGGAUUAAUGAAGCGGGAUCAGAUGAAGAUGAUGAGGAGGGGCAGGUGGACACGGACUCAGAAGAAGAUGAGGAUGAGGAAGAUGAGUUAGAGGAUGAGCUGGCACCAAAAAGGAGGAAGAGCCGCCGCAGGUUGUUCUGCAGCAUCAUGCAGCACCUGACGGAGAAUCACAAGGUGUGGAAGAAGAUCAUCGAGGAGGAGGAGAAGAGCAAAGAGCUGGGCAAACAGCAGCAGCCAGACAGCCUGCUCCCCAGCCUGCCUGCCGGCCUGCCCGUCUCCCCAUCAGAUGACAUCCAGGUCAUCCAGGAGGAGGAGGAGGGAGAGGAGCGUCAGUAGCAGGAGGACGAAGGAAAGAACAGAGAUGCGUGAAAAAGAAGACGAGAGGCCGUAUGAGGGCAUUAGUCCCUCAAACACCUGCCUUUCACCGAGACAAACACAAACAGACAUGAGAAACACACGCAGACAGUUGACAAACGCACAUAAAACACACUUUGCUCCCUCUUUCCCUCACACAUACACACACAUGCACACACACGCACACACACAUAUAUUGAAAGAUUCACUGUGCAGACACUCAGAUGCUUAAGCAGUCACAUUGUUUUUGGAGAAACAAAAAGGCCUUACUACUGUGAGCGGAUCCUUGCUGCAAUGGUGGGAGCCCAACUCCUAUGCACUUUCACCCCAUGGAGAGUCGAGUGCACCCAGAAAAAAAAAAGAAAAAAGCACCAGAACUGAGGAGGAGGGUGCAGAAGACGAGAGUGGACGGGAUCCAGCAUUAACUUGCCCUCCAUGGUAACCCGGCUGUGAUGCUGCCUUGAAUGCAAAGCGCUUACACCUCCCUUAGGUACAAAACAAUUCCUGUCUAUUUAAAAAAGAAAGGUAGAGGAAAAAUAAUGAAGAAAGCGACAUCAUCAAGUGAUUGAUACCCUUUACCAAAGUGAACAGUUCAAACAUGGAAAGACAAGAGACUGAGACUGUUUCAGCCUCAAUGUCAGGUAUAUUUUUGAAUUAUAUAUAUACAUAAAUAUAUAUGUAUAUAUAUAUCAAAUGUGCCUGUCUGAACCUUUACUGAGUCCAUAUUGGCCCAGAGCCUAGGCUUGUGUAGUUCUCUCUCCUUGCUGGCGACACGAAACACUGUAUCAGACUCAGUCACAGAGACAUUAUUGAAAUGUUGACUGAUUAAUAGCAUUAUAUCUGCAUCAUUUUUGAUGCUUUUACUCAUGUGUACCACCCGUCUUUUUUUUUUUUUUUUUUGAUCCUUUAACUCUCCUUGCUUCAAUUUGUGUGUGUGAAUAUUUUUUGGCGGGAAUGUGAUAGAGAGAAUGAGUAGGGAGAAAGAGAGCACAUUUUUAAUUAUUUUAGUGUGUAAUUUGUGUGUAUGUUUGUGUGUCCUUUCAGUAAUGGUUUCUAAUCAGUGAAAUGUCCUCUGGUGUUUAACAUGUUGCAUUCAGAUCAGGAGUGCUGUUUCAAUGAAUGGAUUCUUCAUUUUCCUUUUUGAUUCUAAGUAUUUUUUUAAAGGUUACUCAGGAUUCACGCAAAGUUUAAUAAUUAUUUUGCAAGAAUUUAUGUCAUUAAUAUGAAAUACACUUUAAAAACUAAGAAAAUUAAAAAUCUGGGUGACUGAAGUAGUUUGUAAUCUCUUAAUGAACAACUUGACUACAAACAAAUUCAAGCAAUUGAAAUCCUCUGUGACAGAGGAACAUACAGUAUGUGCUGUCUCUUGGCCAUUCAUACACUGUUUGCAUAACCUUUUUACAACCUCACUGGAAAAAAGCUUAUCUUGAUUGUCAGCAGACUGCAAAUGUCUCUCCUGCAGCAACACAACACGUUGUACAAUUUUGCAGUUCUUUAACAGUAUAUUAGGUAAUGUUUUUUUUUUGUUUGUUUUUAAAAUUCAACGUUCUCUGCAUUGCUUUUUAACAAACAGUACACUGUCUAAAUGUUUGUGUUUCAGUUCGCCAGCAGACACUGAUAUUUAGACAAACUGAAAGUUCACCCAUCUCUCUUUUUUCCUCAUUUUCAAAUUUUUUGCCAAACCCAUAACUCGGCCAGUGUGUAAAGAAGGGAUCCAGGGUUUCAUUUCACUUUACUUUUGUUUAUAUAUAUAUAUUUUAUGACAUGCCAUGAGGCAGGUUAAAAAACUACUAGUUCUCUAUUUUUGUCUCUAAGAACUCUUGGCAUUCCACUAGAAUAAGACGUUUUAUGAAAGGGAAGGCAGAAUUGUUGCCUAGCUCCUUUAUCACCUUAUUAAAUCAUAAUCUCUGGAGAAAAUGUUAAGUAAGCAGUGUAAAUCAAGUUAGUAAUAUUUAAAGACAAAAAAUAGAUAAAGGUGUGCACAUUUUAAUACCAAACAAGUGUUUAGCCGCUGUACAAAAGAGUAUGUGCAUAUAAAUAUAUAUUUUUUAAAUAAUCAAAUGAAUGCAUCUGUUUUCUACAUGCAGCUGACAUAUUGUACAUUGAGAUCCUGUAAUUACCAUUGUGUUUCCAGAGUUUUUAUCUACUUCUAUUUACAGGUGUGGAACUGUGGGGUUUGGUGUUUUGAUUUAGAUUUUUCACUUGGUUUCAGCCUCUCCCUGUUCUGUAUCAUAACCACUCUUGUAUUCCUCAUUAUCUCUCUCUAUCACUGUUGUCUCAGUCAACCCAACUAGUGCCAAACUUAACCUACACACAGUAGUUUGUGGGCUGUGAUAUGCUGAUGGGCAAAAUUUCUCUGGGCUCCAGUACUGUUCAUGCAAGAGAAAACACCUUGAGUCAAAUAUUCCACCGGGCUCAAAGUGGCAGUGGCAGAGGCAAGAGUCAGAGUCAGACUCAGGUCAGAGCCAUAUACAUUCUGACUACCGUGUCGUCAGUUUUUUCACAUGGACCCAUGCUGGAUCAUAAAGCCUUGGUAGCUCCCGACCCCACAUAUUCUGGCUCAUUAAGUUGUAAAAGUUUGUUGGCUUCUCACUGUGCAGUCUUUCAAACCACAGUGUCCUCUAAUGAUUGUGCCAUAAAUACAUCUAUGAAUGGUUGUUACCCUUAUGUAGCAUCAAUAUACGUACGUUUGUCUAAUGUAACCAUUCACCCUUAUCUACAUUGUGGGGGCAACUGAUUUUUGUUGUUAUUUAUAGCUGUCAUAAAACACCAUCCCUAAAGUAUCA